AUGGUGCAAGAAUUUAUUUUAUUUGCAUUCUCCAGUUUAAAACAGCUCCAGUUAUUACUGUUCUUCCUUGUUUUGGUAGCAUACAUCAUCUGCGUUACAGGAAAUAUCAUCAUCAUCAUCUUAGUUAGAAUUGAACCCUUGCUUCAAACUCCAAUGUAUUUUUUCAUAAGUACUUUUGCUGUUCUUGAAAUUAUGUUUGUGACGGUUUCUAUACCAAAACUUCUGGAUAAUUUGAUUUCAGGAAAUAAGAGGAUAUCUUUCAUUGAAUGUUUUACACAGAUGUUUAUUUUCAAUGGUUUGGGUAUGACAGAAUGUUAUUUGUUAUUAGUCAUGGCCUUUGAUAGGGACUUGGCUAUUAACAGUCCUUUACGUUAUUCUGCCAUUAUGAGGAAGGAAAUUUAUACUCAGUUAGCUGUGGCCCCAUGGGUUGGUGGUUUUUCAAUGUCUUCCAUGACUCUUAUUUAUAUGGCUCAAAUGAAAUUCUGUGGGCCAAAUCAGAUAAAUCAUUUCAUCUGUGAUGUGGCACCACUUCAGAAUUUGUCUUGCUCCGAUCCUUCAAUGAGCAAAUUAAGCACAACAAUAGCCGCUAUUCUUGCUGUAGUUGUGCCAAUUUUAAUUAUCAUAACUUUCUACAUUCACAUAAUUAACGCCAUUUCGAAAAUCAAGGGCGCUGAAGGCAAACAAAAAGCCUUUUCUACCUGUUCUUCUCACCUUAUUGUGACCAGUCUCUUCUUUGGAUCGGCUCUUGUUGUGUACAUCAGACCAACUGACCGACUGGAGGGGGAAAAUGACAAAUACCUUGCUCUUAUUUACACAAUUCUUACUCCACUCUUAAAUCCUUUCAUUUAUACUUUGAGGAACAAUGAUGUGAAGACAGCAAUAAGGAGGUUGAGUAAUCUCUAUCCACCCAUUUGCUCUUCUCUUGACAGUAAACCCUUCCCCUUAGGUUCUAACACCUGCUGCCCUUGCUCCUUAUCCCCUCUCCCUCCCCUAUUUCUUUUCUUGAGUCGUUACACCCAUUGCCCCUCCUUUCUUCCUCCCACUCUACCUCUCUCCUCCUUUCUUCCCACCUCUUUCCCACCCCCUUUUUUUCUCUCCCCUUCUCCCCUUGGGCCCCAACACCCAUUCCCUUAUUUGCCCCCGCUGGGUGUUUUUUGA